GAGGGGGUGAUGAUGAUGGGACGGGCUCUGUUGUCAGUUGCCACCCAAGACGUGAUUCAGCUCCAACAAUCACCAUUAUCUGUUCCCGGUCUGACGAUACGGGACGAAUCUGUAAUGAUGACGAGUGUUUCCUUCGCUCUUUGUUGACGCUCUGAGGGUCUCUCUCUCUCUCUCCUCACCUACCAUCAUUGGGUGACAGCACUCCAUCCUUUCAGGUGCUCAGCGGAGGAGGAGGCUUUAUAAGCGCAGCAGCGUUGUGUUUGGAGUGCUGUUUGUGUAAACACUGAGGGCACACAUCACUGUUUGGACUGCGCGUAAAGUGGAUGUUUUUCCUCCUCUUUGGAUAGAUUUACUUUGAGAGUUUGCUUGUUUUGUUUCUGUUUCACGCCAAACAAACCCGGAUUUUACGCACGCGGAUCGCGAUGGCUGCACCGUCCAAGUUCAGCUUUUCCGUCCGGAGCAUCCUGGACCUGCCGGAGCUGGAGAUGGAGGCAGCGCCGCGGUCCUCCCCGGUCUACACCUCCUCCUCCUCGUGCUCCGCCAGCUCUCCCUACACCUCCUGGAUGGACUGCUGCGACCGGAGCCCUUGCAUGUCCUCAGAUGAAGGCAGUCUCGAGGCCUCUCCGGAUUCCACCAAGCCCGAAGAUUCGUCCCCGGACUCGGACCGGGACAAGAGUAAGAAGAGCAAGAAGCGUCGGGUCCUGUUCUCCAAGGCGCAGACUCUGGAGCUGGAACGGCGCUUUCGGCAGCAGCGUUACCUGUCCGGCCCGGAAAGGGAGCAGCUGGCCCGGCUCCUCGGCCUGACCCCGACCCAGAUCAAGAUCUGGUUCCAGAACCACCGCUACAAGAUGAAGAGAGGCCGGGCCGAGGACCUGGAAAUCCCGCAGCCUCCUCCGCUGCUGCGCCGCGUCGUGGUUCCGAUCCUGGUUCGAGAUGGGAAACCUUUCCCCACCUGCUUACUGGACACUGAGAAACCCGGCUGUUUAGCUCCUUCACACGCGGUUCAUUUCCCCUUAGCCUACCCGCAUCUGCAGCACCCGAACCCCGUCCAUCUGCCUCCCCGGUACCAGCAGCACUUUCCCUCCGCCUCAGCCCCCAGACUCGCCUGGAGAGACCUUUGGAGCGACUCGGUCCACUUUAAUUCCUACAAGUGAAGGCCUCGAGUCCAUGCACAAACUCACUUAGAUUGACAUCAAAUGUUUUCUGGAUGUUUCAGCAACAUAAACAUUUAGAUUUUCAUAGAACGAAGGAUAUUUUGCACAUUUUAUUUUUUGAAAUAUUUUUGCUGUGUUUGUGACUGAUUUUGCAGAUGCUGAUUAUAUGGUUGGGCUAACUUGUGUAGCCUGUCGAUGUUGAAUUAUCUAUUGAGAUAAUGUAUUUUUAAACAUAAUAUUUGUAUUAAAAAAUAUUUUGUGAAAGAGUUACAGUAGAAUUUAGGCUGAGAUAGAAGAGGUAGCAGCAAAGCCUGAAUGUCUGAAGGAUGAAUAUUGUUAUUUGUUGUCUUUACGGAGACUUUCUUUGAAGGUUUUAACUGUUUAAAAAUGUUUCUUUUUUGUGAACAUAAUUAUUAAUAAAAGGUUUCUCAUAUUUU